AUGAUUGGCAUCGAUGUUGGCAGCGACCUGGUGAGGAUGUGUAUCAGGGACUCCAUUGGAAGUGCUGAAUGCUGUUUAGAGCGUCCACUUCAUAGAAAAGUCUCUGGUGUCAAGAACACCAUGAGCAGCGAGGCACUCUGGGGCAACAUCACCACUUUGCUCGCUGAGGGCAAUAUCAGCAUCAAAAAAUCAGAUACUCCAAAAAAAUCAGAUGUACAGGAUGCAGAUUGUCCAGAAACUGGUCGGCGCGUUUUUGUCGCGGCUACCUGCUCCAUGGCAGUGGUGGAGAGGAUUGAAGUGAAUGGGCGCAAGUUCCUCAGACCGCUCGAAGAAGAUAUCAUUGUGUGGAUGGACUCAAGGGCCAGUGCACAAGCGCAAUGGCUCAGUGAGAUGUUGGAUGCACUGGUUUUGCAGCAAAUUGGCGGUCAAAUCACACCAGAAAUGGGGAUAGCAAAAUUGCGUUGGGUGUAUGAAAAAUACCAAGGUAGUGGGAAAGAGGUGCUUGUGUUCGAGUUGUACGACUGGGUGAGCUACCUCUUCGCUGCGGGAGGCUUGAGCAACGGGAUGGUAGAGUGUCUUCAAGGAGAUGUGGUAGAAUGUCACCCGCAGUCUAGGGCCAUGGAUGGGUCAGUGAAGGGAUGGGGGAAAUCUGUAUUGGACAUUGUGUUUGGAAAAACCGAUGAGGUAAGGAUUGGGCAUGUACCUACGCAAUUCAGGAAAGGGCGAAAAGGUGCCCUUUGCUUUGCUGGCGAGCCCAUUGCUAAAAACAAGGUGCUUGGAGGAGUUGUUCUUCAUGGGUGUAUUGACUGCUACGCUGGCGUGGUGGCCCAAAUGGCUGCGAAAAAAUGCCUUCCUGAAAGGGUUGCCUCAGAGAAUAAAAUAGUGGCCUUGGAUAUGGUCGCUGGGACCCUGACCUGUUUUGUAGCGUCCAUUCCAUCUGCUUCAUUGCCCAUAGACGGGCUUUGGGGUCCCUUUGACCAGCUCAUGGAAACGCCAGUGUGCGCUUUUGGACAGCCUGCAACAGGGAAGCUUUUUGAGCAGCUACUUGUGCCCGGUGAUACUUUCGAAUUGUUGGAAUCGCUGGCAUUUUCUUUAGAAGAACGCCUUGGUCAGCCGUUGGUGGUGCUUGCCAAAAACCAUUUCUACUAUGGGGACCGUUACGGCAACAGAAGUCCUUACGGCGACUUUGGUAUGGAUGAGGUUCGCGUGAAAGGCUUCAACGCUGAUCAGAACUCAGGUGUUGUUCCGUUUAGAAAUGACGAAGACGAAAAGUGCCUUCGCUACUACCUUCUCAUAGAGUUCUUGGUGUUCCAGACGAAAGAGCUAGCGCAGAAGCUAGGACCUUUGGAUGUGGUUCGUGUGAGCGGAUCUCAGGCUAAGAACGCAAGGUUUAUGCGUCUUUUACAGCAUUUUGCCUUUCAGAACGGCAGCUGUCCCGUUGUAGAGGUUGUUGGUGGGAACGCUACAUACUCAGGUGCCAGAGCAGGCGCCACCAUUGCCACUGGGCAGGGAGAUGUUGAAAGACGAGUUCUCGAGACAGAGGAGUUGUUGCCCGAGAUAAGCAGAUUGCUCGAGAGAAAAUACAAGUUUUAUCUAGAGUUGAGCAGCUGGCAGCACCGGUUCCGGCGGGCAAUGAGGUAG